AUGCCUCGCACCGCCCUCUUCGUUGUCGACAUACAAAAUGAGCUCGCCGGGGAUCCGCAGACGGAAAUCCCGCACGCGGCGCGCAUUCGCGCUGCUGGAGACAAGAUCCUGAGCGCGGCGCGGAACCUUGCAUCGUCGGCUCCCGAGGGCAAGCAGCCGGCGCUGAUUGUGUUCGUGCAGCACGAAGAGCGCCCUGAGCAAGGCACACUGGUCAAUGGCAGCGAGCCCUGGAAACUCGUGUUCAACCCCCACGACGGGGCCAAAGACGAGAUUUUAGUCGCCAAAACAACCCGGGACACAUUCGAGUCCAACCCACACCUGGCGGAGAAGCUCAAAGAACAGGGGAUUGAUAGUAUCAUCGCGUUUGGCAUUCAGAGCGAAUGCUGUGUGCAGGAAACAUGCAAAGGAGCUUUGUCGGCGGGCCUUGGAGUGACGAUUCUCCGUGGAGCGCAUUCGACAUACGACGACAAGCAAAAGCCGGCAGUAGAUAUUGAGAGAGGUGUCGAGGAGAUGCUGCAGUCGCGCGGCGCCAAAGUCGUACCCUGGGAAGAUGCAGUGGCUCGCUGGCAAGAAGCUGGUGUGGUAUGCUGA